AGGAUGAUUUGGAUUUAUCGGACUUUUUAUUUCAUUUUCUUACUUGCUUCAGUUUACAGUGAAUGUGUGACACAGAUCUAUGAAAAUACUUACUUCCAAGGAGGAGACCUCACUACGGUUUUCACACCAAGUGCCAAUUACUGUCAAAUAGUUUGUACUUACCAUCCUACCUGCCUGCUCUUCACAUAUUUGCCAGUGACGUGGACUAAAGAUCCCGCACAGAGGUUCUCCUGCUACUUAAAAGACAGUGAUACCGAAAUGCUACCAAAAGUGAAGAUGGAAGGAGCUAUUUCUGGACAUUCUUUAAAACAAUGCAACAUCAAAAUUAGUGCUUGCAGUCCAGAUGUCCACUUAGGAUUGGAUAUGCAAGGGGUAAAUUAUGACAUUAGUAUAGCUGACAGCUAUCAACAGUGCCAAAAAAGAUGCACCAAUGACAAGCACUGUCAUUUUUUUACAUACGCCCCAAGAACAUACCAUGAUGCAAGCUUUCGUGAAAAAUGCUUCUUGAAACAUACCAGUUUAGGAACUCCAACCAGCAUAAGGGUGCUUGAUGAGGUUGUGUCUGGAUUCUCCUUAAAGCCAUGUCAGCUUUCUGAAUUAGAUUGUCAAAUGGACAUUUUUGAACAUGAAGAAUUCUCAGGAAUUAAUGUUACAAGUUUUUUCACUCCUGACACGUUUGUCUGCCAAACUAUUUGUACUUAUUUUCCAAACUGCUUGUUCUUUACAUUCUUCACCAAGGAAUGGCAAAUAGAAUCCCAAAGAAAUCUUUGCCUCCUGAAAACAUCAGCAAGUGGAAUACCAGAAGCACUUACAUUACGAGAAAAUGCUAUUUCAGGUUUUGGUCUCCUAAAUUGCAGAAGAUACUUUCCUGCCUGCAAUUCUCGCACUUACGUGCAUAUGAAUUUUUUGGGAGAUGAACUCAAUGUCACUUAUACUAAAGGACCCAGAGCUUGUCAGCAGGUUUGCACAGACAUGAUCCGCUGCCAAUUUUUCACUUACUUUCCCUUCCAAGAGUCAUGCAAUGAGGAAAGAAAGUGUGAGUGUCAUCUAAGAAUGUCCUCAAAUGGAUCUCCAGUGGAAAUACAACAUGGGCCAGGAAGGAUCUCUGGAUACUCACUAAGACUAUGUAAAAAAAAGGCCAGUACUGUAUGCAUGCAGCAUUCUUCAAGAAAUAUUAGGAUAAUUGGAGGGACAGACUCUUCCCCUGGUGAAUGGCCAUGGCAAGUAAGCUUACAUGUGAAGCUAUCUCGCCGGAGACACCUCUGUGGGGGUUCUAUCAUAAGUAACCAGUGGAUCCUUACAGCUGCCCACUGUUUCAUGAGUGUUCAGAACCCCAACAUUUGGCGUGUUUAUGCUGGUGUUUUAAAACAAUCAGAAAUAACUGAGGAUACACCUUUCUUCAGAGUGGAAGAGAUUAUUAUUCAUCCUCAGUAUAAUUCUGCACAGACUGGAUAUGACAUUGCUUUACUGAAACUUGAUAAGGCUAUGAAUUUUACUGAUCUUCAACUUCCUAUUUGCCUGCCAUCGAAAGAAGAGGCUAGCAUGCUCUAUACUGACUGCUGGGUAAUUGGAUGGGGUUACAGGAAGGAAAGAGGUCGUGUAGAAGAUAUUCUUCAGAAAGUUACUGUUCCUCUAAUGUCAAAAGAGGAAUGCCAGGCAAGAUACCGGAAACGCAGAAUAGAUGACAAAGAGAUCUGUGCUGGCUAUGACGAAGGUGGAAAGGAUGCCUGUAAGGGAGAUUCUGGAGGACCACUGUCGUGCAGGCACGAGGAAGUGUGGUAUCUGGUGGGCAUCACCAGCUGGGGCGAAGGCUGUGCUCGGCCCCGGCAGCCAGGAGUCUACACAAAAGUUGUUGAAUUUUCAGACUGGAUUUUGGAAAAAACUACAUAACAUGAACAUAACUUACUGACUCAUAAUGUUGUUGUAGA